CAUAACCCUAGUUUCUAAACAUAACCCGAAAUGUCAACAAAUUAUUUUCCUUUAUGCAAAUAAAAGUAAAUUGUAGCUUACUUAAAACAUGUAAAUAAAAGGAUUUUUUAAUGGCUUCAAUCUUACAAAAAACUUUCUUAUUGCUUAUACCACGCAAUCUUACUAAAAUAUGUAUACAUUUUAGUCAACAUAACAAAGCAAUUACUUUAGAAGUAGAUGCUAUAGAUGACUUUACAUCUCAAUUAUUGCAGAAAAAAACACACAAAUGGGAAAGAAAGAAAGCAAAAGCCGAAAGCAUUAUUAACAACAACUAUCUAAAAAGACUUCAAGAAAAUGAUAAAAUUGAAGGUAUAAAAGAAAUGGAUAAUGAUUAUUUAAAUACAGUUUUUCAAAAUGCAAUAGAUUCCGAAAAAGAAAAUGUUUUGAUUGAUUUGACCAACCAAUGUAUAGAAUUAAGAAGGUGUCCUUCUUUUACCAUUCUACUGCAUAUAUUGUCGAUUUUUUCUAGAAAAGGAGAUAAUAAAACAAUUAUUAAAAUUGAGGAAUUAUGUAAAGAAUUGAAUCCCAAAAUUACCAAAGACAACUCAAAUUUUGACCACUUUCUUGCUGAAGCAAUUUGGGUUAAAGGAAACAUUACUGAUUCGCUCAAAAUAUUUGAAAAAGUUUAUAGAGAAAAUUCUUUAAUACGGAGAAGAAUACGAAUAAUGAUUAAGUCCCUGACUAAACAUGUUAUAAGUAAUAAAAGUGAAGCAGCCCUUGUAUCAUUAAUUAAGUUUUCCAAAACUAUGAUAGAUGAUUUUCAAGAUUAUUUUCCAUUAAUGUGUACCUGGGAGUCAUGUUUUUUAAGUGAAUGGUAUACAGACCAGAAUAGGGCACUAGAAUUAUUAGAGAAAAAUGAUAGGUUAUGUAAUGUAAUUAUUAAUAGAAUACCCUAUGUAGUACAUAUUUCAUUACGUUGCCACAGAACUGAAGUUGUAUAUAGAUUAUUAGAAAUAUUAAUUAGAUAUGACAUGAAACCACAAUACUCUGCAGUAUUAAUGGCCUUAUUUGACUAUCAAUUUCAAGUUGGUGAUUCAAGAAAUUGUUUGGAAAUUAUUCAAUGGGCCUCAAAAAAUGAAGUAAAUCUGCCCAGUAUAUAUAAUGAGAAGUUUAUUAAGUUGCUGAUAAAGAAUAAAAUCCAAUUACCUACAAAAUCAGCAAAUGAAUCUAAGAAAAUACCUACCUAUAAGUUUUAAAUCCGGAAACCAAUUGUUGAUUUUUUAUUGUAAAAGGUUU